AUGAUCUUUGCAGCGGUGUUUUAUCCCCAGUUUGUUGCCCAGUUUGAGCCCCAUAUAGUCCAGUCCCUGCUCUAUUUUGUAGGCUGUACCUGCAUCCGCAUUAAAGCCUAUCACACGGCUACCCAUGAGAUGAUUGAGCGCGCCAUUGUUCGACCACCCAGUGACAAAAUCCAGUUAACCCCUCCAAUUGCAGUCGAGGAUCCUACUAACCUCCUAUACCGUCUCCUGCAGUUUGCACGGACGACGUCCACAUUUCCACCGAAAACCACCGUCUCUACGUCUGAUCUCGAUAAAGACUUGGCCACUGCUCUCGUUUUUUACGAUGUGAUCGAGUCCACCGGCGUUGGAACCGUCUAUUAUGGUCCCUUCCGGGGUACCUCUCGAAGGGCGAAAACGCUCUGA